AUGGAAAAUGCAGUUCAUAGAGAUUUGCAUUCAGGAAAUGUAUUAUUUUCAAAAAUGAAUCAGAGAUGGUGUAUUAGUGAUCUUGGAUUCUGUGGCCCUGCAGAUAAACCAUUAAACAGCAUAUAUGGAAAUCUUCCUUAUAUAGCACCUGAGGUUAUUUCUGGAAAACAAACUACAAAAGAAUCUGAUAUUUAUAGUAUUGCAAUGCUUAUGUGGGAAAUUUCAUCUGGACAACCACCAUUUAUUAAUUAUGAAUAUGAUUAUGAUCUUGCAAUGAAUAUCAUUAAUGGUAUAAGACCAAGAAUAGUAUCAGGAACUCCUUUAGAAUAUGAAAGUUUAAUGAAACAAUGUUGGGAUGCUGAUCCAUUAAAGAGACCCGAUGCUUAUACACUUGUGAAAAAAUUAAGAGAAAUUAAUUUAUAUUAUCUAAAUACUACAAUAGUCAUGUCAGAA